UACUAACCUAUCUUACAAUCAGUUUACAAACCUACUUCAUGUAUCUGUUGAGAUGACAGAUCGCUGUAAGCAACUGUAACACCUCACCAUUUACAAGCUCAUGCCAUAUAGUAACCAAAGUAUAAUGUUUACGACAGCGUUUAUGGAUUAAUACAGUAAAAGGAAAAGGUCAACACUGGAAUUUCCUCGGAGAAUAAAUGUCAAGCACACGAAAUUAGGUGAAGGUGCACAAGCAAGUGUUUCAAGGCGUUUAGAGAACAGAUUCGUUCAGUUUCAUUAUUGCAUUGGCCUGAACGUUUAACUGAAGCUGCAGGUGAUAAGAUUUAUAUGGCGGAAAACAGUACGUCAAUCGAUACAGCCUUUACGGGGGAAAUAUGUAUAAUAUUGGAAAACAUAAAAAAAGCAAAAGCAAUUGGUAAAUCUUGCGGGUUUCAUUUAACAGAAUCGGAGUGGGACCCUUAUCCAUGAAUAAGCCAUAUCGAAGCCGGCAGUAUUGCUGAUAAUGCUGAACUUAGGAAAAUAACUACUACUACAUUAAAAUCCGAGUUCUAGAAUGCCCAGUUUGUCUGGAAAGCUCACUGUCACUAAUUCCUCAGUGUGUUUAUGGUCAUAUCGUUUGUGUUGAAUGUAAAUCGAAAACACGUCAAAUCGGACAUCAAAUCGUCAAACACAAGAAAACAUCUGCUAGGAUUUUACAUGAUUGUUUAUGAUUUAUUCAUUAUCCAAUAACACAAAUAGUUCUUAACUAAUGCCAGUAAACGUUAAUUUAACUGAAGUUUAUAGCAUUAAAAAACGUGCAAUUUAUAUCUUCGAAAUGUAUGUCUUAUGUAACAAAAUCGAAUACGAAAUUUGAGAGUGAUCACAGUUAUUAUUGACUAAUAAUUACUAUGUUUAAUCAAUAAACUUGUUAAAUAAACUUUGUUCAUUAUCUCGGCCAGGCUGCUAUAUAGUUAAAUUAGCCGCGGUAUCUUUUACCUUACUGUAAUACAAGGUAUUUACGCUAGAGUGGGCCACAGACCUAUGCUGGUCCACAAUUUUCAUAUACUGGUCAUGCAUGUUUUUCAGAUUCAUUUAUUCUCUUACGAUCCAGCAAAAUAUUCUUUCUGUAAAGAAAAGAGUAUAGUUAAUAUUCUAAAAGUUGGAGAAUCCGGUGAGCUCCGAUUUCUGACAGAAAUAAAGACGGGUGUAUAUGGUAUUGCAAUAUGGCCUGAGAGUGCAGACCCUGAUUAUGAGAAAUUAUUGAAUCAAUUAGAUAUAGUGAUCCCGGAAGCUACUCAAUGGAAGAAUCGUAGACCAAAUAUAGGAGAUUUUGUAUUUGGUCAAAGGGUGGAUGGAACUUGGGUUAGGGGAUAUAUUAUAUGUGUGCUACCAUGCUUAAUUCUGGCUAUGGUCGACGACGCUAAAUUAGUGAUAGUUAGUAACCUUGCUACAUGUGAAGAACCCCUUUCAGAUAUGUAUGCAUUUAGUGGAAUAUGUGAAUUAACUGUUGCUACACAGAGAUUUAUGGAAAAUAUAGAUUAUAAAUAUAAAGUAACAGGUCAAACAGAUAAUGAGAAACCAGACGAAUUUGAAAUAUUAAUUCUUGGAGGAGAUGAUGAAGUAAAAGCUACUGUAAGACCUUGGACUCCAAUGCUGGAACAAUUGGGUGUACCGUGUGGUGAUGUGAAUUAUGGAACUACAGUAUGCAUUACUGGUUAUCAAAAUCAUAUAGUUAUGUACGUUCGUCCCUUAGAUACGCUAGGUUUGGCACGCUAUAACUUUAUUAUGGAAACUGUUGCAAAAUGCGCUGAAACAUCUCCAUUUUUGAAUGAACCAUGUAUUGGGGAAUCGGUAUUAGCACUAUCUGCUGAUGGCAAUUAUUAUCGUGGAACUGUUUUUAGUGUACGAGAUGAUAAAGUGCAUGUUAGGUUCGAAGAUCUUGGUCGCAGAGAAUUUGUAGAUGGCAAGAAACUUAAGGUUUAUCCUGAUUGUUUGAACAAUCUUGGAUAUUGUAUAUCAAAAAUCCGUCUACAAGGUAUUCCAAAAGAUAUCCCUCCGUUAAUACCAAUAAUUAAAAUUCUGGACAACCUAGUGGAAAAUAAAGUUCCUCUGAUAUUAACAUAUGAUGGUGUACCUAACACAGAAGGUGUAUAUCUGAAACAUCCUGAAGGAGAAAGCGUUAAUAAUAUGAUAUGUAAAUGUCUCGAGUUGUAUCAUGUGAAACCUUCCAAGGAAAUCAAAAAUUAAUCUGAGGAAAUAAAAAAUGAAUCUCAGAAUUAGUUGCUCCUGGUAGCUGUAUUAAAACAAAAAUUACUGAGCGUGAUCCGGAACCUGGAAUGUAUAAUGUGUAAUUACUAUUGGUUAAACCCAAAUUAAUUGGUGAAUGUUUAAUAUCAAAUCGAGGAGAAAAAGAUAAACAAAAAAAAGAAACAUGCAUCUCAUUAUGCAAAAAGGAGAGCAUAUUAGUUAUAAUGUUUGAAGGUAAUGUUGAGAUAUUUUUAGUUAAAAUAGUUGAAGCAUGAUUUGUUUCUUGAAAGUAUUUUAAUAUUUUUAGAAGACAUUCUACAUUUUGAUAUUAUUGUAUCUUCUGUUAUUUAACAGUUCAAAAAUUUGAUAUCAUAAAUUAGAAAUUGCAAUGUGUCACUCAACUACUAUGUAAGAUCAGUACUUUUUGAACACUUUUUUUAUAUUUACUUUUGUCAAUAUUAUGUUUUAUUUCGGUGAACCUCUAUAUUCAACAUACUUUUUUCGCGACUUGUAUUUUUUGUACAAUUUAUAAUAAAUAUGAAGUGAAAAUAAAGAGUUUGCUCAGUGUAGUUAA